AUGAACUCCUUCGCUAUUCUUUUGGCCUUCGCCAUGCUUUUGGCUACCGCUCUUGCUGGACCAGGAGGAAACCGUUACGGAUGGCCAAGCUCUUAUGAGAGAUUCCUUGAGAAGCAAGGAGUGUGGGAUUCCAACCGACACGACGUGCGUGACAACUACAGACGCCGUGGAAAUUACGAACGCGAUCUCCGUGAUCUUUUCGAUGACUGGAAGAGACAAACCCAAUGGGGAGGAAAGGGAUACAGAUCCAACAGAUUCCAACAACCAAAGGGAGGAUUCAGCCGUUACGGAUUCCCAGGAGGAAAGUAA